AUGCUACACCCCCUCCGAGACCACUCUCCACCAGGGGCGCGCCUUCACCUACCACAUCAACAUCCUCCCCCUCUUCUCCCGCAAACCCAACGACAUCACCACCACCCCUCCCAAACCACACACGCGCACCGCCCUCAGCACCAUCCCCCCAGCCACAUCAUCACCACCUCCACCGCCCCGCACUUCCGCAUCAUCCUCAACAAGUUCUGCGCCGUCGAGAACCAGGUGCUGCUCAUCUCCAUCGCGCCGCGCUUCCAGACCGAGCCGCUCGACGCCGACGAGCUCGCCGUCGUCGGCACCGUCCUGCGCAGGCUCGGAAAGGAGCAGAUCGCCUUCUACAACUGCGGCAAGGAGAGCGGCGCGUCGCAGCCGCAUAAGCAUGUGCAGGUUGUUGCGCUCGGGGAGGCGGCGUUUGGGGGGCUGUAUCCGGGGAGGGUGGAGAGGCGGGAAGACGGCGGCCUAACCCAUCACCCCGACGUCCCAUACACCCACUUCAUCGCGCACCCGCCGCCAAAGGCCACAGGCAAGCAGCUGCACCACCUCUUCGCCGCGCUCCUCGCCGCCACCAAGCGCGCGCUCGGCAACCCCGAGGUGCCGCACUACAACUUCCUCAUGACCACCGAGUGGAUGGUCAUGGUCCCGCGCACCCGCGGCGAGUGCGACGGCGUCGGCGUCAAUUCGCUGGGCAUGAUGGGCGUCCUGUGGCUGGGCGACGAUGAGCAGCUCGAGGUCUGGAAGGGGAUUGGGUUUGAUGAGUUUUUGGGGAGGGUUGGUGUGAGGAAGAUAGAGUAG